AUGAUACACUCUGCACCAUCCUUAUUGUGUUUUUAUUGUUUGUGCUUUACAGUUGAAGAUAGCAAACACCUAAAUUAUACUUUCGUAGUUAGAUAUCUUAGGAGUACCACUUCGGAUGUAGUAAGACUUUCUGAUAAAGCACACCAUUUUUCAGGUCUAUACCGUUUUGGUUUGACUCAACAAUUGGUAAUAAUCCCUUUGAACAAACGGACAAAACAUAAUACAGCAAGAGAAUACUCUAAUGUGGUUGAGGUUGAAGUCAAAAGUGUAGGUGCUAAAACUCCGUAUCGUAAAAGUGACUUUCAAAAUGGAAUUUUUGCGACAAGCUUAACAUGUAACAUUCAAAGAUCUACGCGGAACAAUACCGACACUUAUUACCCAACAGCAGAGGAUACACAGUAUUUUAACUUUUGUUCCGAAGACCGGGUUUUUGUUUUAAACAGGGAUGAAAUAAUCGAACCGUAUAGAAUGGUGAAAGGUAAUGCUGGAUGGGGAACUCGUGCUCCUACCGAGGGUGACAGAAAUCUUGAAGCACACUGUAUGUUUUGUGACAUCAAGUUGUUUGAUUACCGGGAGCCAAAAAGAUACGACUUAAACGGUUGUACUCAACUCAUGAUGGUGUAUCAUCGGGAGGAUCCUGAUCAACUAUAUUAUCAAUGUGAUGAUAAUUUUCAAGGCGAUAUCGAAGUCCCCAAUAGAGGCCAUUUUAAUGUUAUCAAGAGAAGUGUUGCCUUACACUUUUUCUGGUAUAACCGUAAGGCCAAUGCUAACCGAAUCUUGAACACAGUUGUGGAGAAACUUUGUUUAACACAGAAAAAAAUAUAUAAAAAACAGUUUUUAAAACUGAAUGACCUUGUACAUAAUAGUAGAAGGCAGGGUAUUUAUAGUUACCGGGAUCUGCAGUUUAAACGUAUAACAGUGAUGAAGUAUAUUAGAGGAAACUCAAUUGGCAAGAUCAACAAGUCCAUCCGAAUCAGUCCCGACGCAGCCAGACAAGUAUUGAAGGACAUUCAAAUGAUAAUGCUCAGUGACUAUCGUAGAUAUGCAAGGGCUUGGGUUUUCGGAAUGGUAGAAGCUCUUGUAACUGGGGACACUCCUCUAGACUACCGCUAUACGGACAAUCGACUUGGUAUUGAUGAAUUGCGUGCUCAUUUCGUUGCUGGAAGAAGCAUUUUUUUGCUGUACCUAACCGGUCAGGUGCUACCUUAUUGCCUCUCUUGUUCCGCUACUAUGGAAUCAAACCCCCAUGUUUCUGGUACACUUCUUUCUGGAAUGAUUCAUACCAACAUUAUUGAAUCUCUCUGGCGUGAUUUAAAGGUGUUUAUCAAGCCUCGAAACCGAAACUCCAGAGAUUGCGCUGGUAAGCUUUUAGAAUACCUUUGGCGUCAUGAGAAUAAGGAUGAUCUUAUGCAUGCAAUGUGGCGAAUCAUGAAGGAGAUUCAGCUUGCUUCUUCCACAGCUUUCGAGGUAACAGAAGAAGACCCCGCUGGUGAUAUCGAGCCUGAUUUUUUUACUGCCGCUGCUAAUGGUGAAUCCGACGCUAAAACCGAAAGAAGAAGAACGAGCGAGGCUCGAAUGUUUGAUGCAUGCGCUGCUCGUAAAUACAUAACAGAACAAUCAGCCGAAGAGAUAGAAAACAAUUCUGACGUGGAUACUUCUAGAAGACAAUAA